AUGUCAGACCGGAAUCCGUCACCGCCUGCUGAAUUGGGUGAGGAGUUGCAGCAUGUUGAUCAGAUCGGAGACACGGCUUAUAGCAAAUGUUGGCUCUAUGCCCUAUUAAUGAAAGUGCUCAACUUGGUCAAGUCGAAUACCACCACGGAUGUGGAUGAAAUCAGAGAACUAGACCAGGAGUUGGAAGAACAAUUAUGUCACUUACUGAUAGCUACCAUUCGGUUGUUAGAUGCAAUUACACGCGAAGACGAUAGUUUAGCCGAGGUGUGGUGCGGAUCAGCACUGCUCAAUGCAAUUCUGGUAGCUCAGCGUCAAAUGAAGUGGUUACAUGGGAGCGAGGUCGAAGUGAUACAUCGGGUGCUGUAUACGUUCUCUUCUAAUGUGAGCGGUGUCUCUGCGCUGAUUCAUUCUUUUGAUCAGUUGUUGCCCACAUUUGGCGUUUACCUACGCAAAGUGUGCGAAGAUGAGCCGCAUUUGAUCCCAUUCUCUGCCUACUACAAUAGUUUGCGCGCUAUCAUUCCUAUCAUUGAUGCCGUCGCAGCCAGUUUAUCUCCGGCUCAGUCCGUCGCUUGUUGUUCAGUUGACACAACUGUCCUACCCUCUUUGGUCCACAUCACAUUGGGCUGUCAAUGUCAGCUUGACGAGUUUCCCCUGGGCCGUGGGAUCUUGGCUGACCUAAGCAUACUCUUCAAAGAUCUAGUCCGGUCGAUUCGAGACGCGCUCAAAAAUUUGACCUCUUCAUCCGAUGAUCUUCACACGGCCAUUGAUCUUUUUGAGCAUGAUUUGGGUUGGUUACGUGAACUGGACACGUCGACCGACGAUGACCACGACCGGGUCGAACGAUUACGUCGAGCGUUUAUCUUGUGUUGCCUGAACGAUAAUGACAACGAGACACGGGGCCAACUGGUUUACAUAUGUAACCGACUGAAGCUUUCACGACUCCUGGAAGAAGUGACCGAUGAUGAUUGA